AUGCCCGGCGCCAGCGUGGCCGUUCUGCCCACCUCCGCCACAUCAACUCCGGCGCCCCGAAAGACUACCGCCGCGCAACCAGAACGAAAGUACAAAUGCCAGUUUUGCAAUAGGGCCUUUAGUCGAAGCGAACACCGGAGCAGGCACGAACGAUCGCAUACCAAAGAGCGCCCUUUCAAAUGCAUGAAGUGUAGAAGUACCUUUGUGCGACGCGACCUUCUUCUUCGACAUGAUCGAACUGUCCAUGCCAAAGAUGGAGGGAUUCCUCUCCACAGUGACGGCAAACGUCGCGCUGGCGCUAAUGGCGUUUCCAAGUCUCGAGCUGUCAGCGGUCCGUCCAAGUCUUCUAUUGCUAUUGAUACUUCGACCCUUAGUGAGCAAAUCGAGGCCAGUAGCGAAGGAGUCUUUGAUGUGGAACACGCUGCUAUGUUGGUUGCCGACCUUCAUCACAAAGCGACUGCUGCAAUGCGCGACAAUGCAAGCCCUUAUGAGCCCGGCCCAUCAAUGACUUAUCCACCCACCGGCCCUCAGUUAAUGGAUCCCGCAGUCGCCUACUCCUCGAAUCCUACCCCGGUGCCCCACAGUGUGCCUUGGGAUUCUUUCGCACCACAGUCAACAGUAGAUGCUAAGGCUCAGCCUACAUCCUCAAAUACGUCUGUCUCCUUCGAGUCGCAGCAAUCCUUUGCUCAUGUAAGUACCAUACAUACUGAACCUACCUUUGCGCCGUCAUCCUUUGGCACCGGCUCCAGCGUCGUUGCGCCUAUGUCACAACCCAUUACAAGCCCACCACCAUCUUCCAGCACGGGCCCAGUGACCUCCAUCCCAUCUCGUACAUUCUUUACAAAACUUUCAAGCUCCUGCGCUAAUCCACCUCAGGCUUCGGCGGGCUUCAAAGCACCACAGAUUCAAAAUGAUGAAGAGCGCAAUAUGAUCCUAGACAACAUUCGAGCGCACGAUACCGAACACGCGAUUCCGGAUGGUUUCCGUGUACCCAAUCUGCCGUCGUUAAAUCGUUAUCUUGCGACUUACUUUGGGCUCUUCCAUCACCACCUGCCAUUUUUGCAUCCGGCAUCAUUCAAUGCCACCCAAGUCUCCCCAGCUCUACUGCUAGCAGUGCUAUCAAUUGGCGCUCUCUAUGCCUUUGACCAAGAUCAGGCUUAUAUGCUACACAUUGGAUCAAAAGUGUUAGUGAACCAAUUCUUACAAAACAAGGAGAAUUUCAGCUCGCGAAAAUGCCCCUUAUGGACCAUGCAAGGCUCGCUUCUCAACAUGAUCUUUGCUAGCUGGAGUGGAGACCCGAAAGGGCUUGAGUGGGCUUGCUCCAUUAAGAGCCUGCUUGCCAAUAUGGUUGCUGGUAAUCGCUACGAACUGAAGCUUCGACAGGAUAGUCGUGAGGGUGCGCAGCCCACGCGCGAUGAGUGGAUCGAAGACGAAGGCUGCCGUCGUACCUAUUAUGCCGUCUACAUUUUCUUCGGCCUGCUAACGUUGACUUACAACCACACUCCUGCCAUUAGCUUCAAUGAGUUUGAAGAUCUCCAACUACCAUCGCAAGAGACGUUUUGGAAUUCCAAAGUCACAGAUGAAGCUGCUUGGCAAGAGCAAUUGAAGUCAGCUCCUGCAAUUACCUUCCUGGUUGCUCAUGACAACUUGUUCCAGGGUGUAUCGUUGAAGUAUAGCGCUUUUGCGACGCGCGUUAUGAUCAACGCAUUGUUCCUCGAGGUGUGGUAUCACAAGCGAAGCCCUGAAGCGCUACAAGAUGUUGUGACUGAAUAUAAGCUUCGUCUCGCUCUAGAGACAUGGGAGAAAUCUCUAGAUCUCUGCGAGCCCGAGGCUGAUGCAGUACCCCUAAGCGCUCCUCACAAGGGUCAUCCGUUGAUAUUCAAUGCCAAGGCCAUGUUCCGUAACGCGCGUGCUCGUCUAGAAGUCGACUUGAAGACUGUGCAAGAAGCUCUCCGAUACCAUGACCAUUACGAGGUUGCUGCAGCCAUGUCGAAUGCACGUGACAGGGUGAAGCGCUCAAGCGAAAUGAUCAAGGUUAUUGAGGAGUGUUACAACUGUAUCGAGACAGCUGUUCGCCAGGGCGUGCGCUGGGUAGCUCGUACUUCACCAACGAAUUGGAGUAUUGAGCAUCCUCUAUGUGGAAUGGAUCUAAUGAUCACUCUGACCCUUUGGCUGUACCGUCUGGAACAUGACGAAGAAGCCGCUUCUGAGGAAGAAAUGGCUAUGUAUCUCAAGGUCCGCAUGCUCUUUGAGAAGGAUGCAGAGAGCGCUAUGAACUCUCAACAGCUGAGCGCUACUGUUGCUCAUCUGUGGGGCUCUAUGCUUGAUGAAGUGGUCGUCUGGGGCAUCACCAGGCUCAUGGGCGAAUCAUUCCGCCUCCAUUCACAGGCUCUAAUCGGUUACGUAGACGAUGUCGAAGCAUCUUCUAACGUUUCAACGCCUUCUAUGAUCUCACAAGGAGGCGAUGAGGAAAGUGUGUAUUAG